GUUUAGAUCGCGUUUUGGACAAAAAAGUUAAGUUUUAGCUAUGAGCAAACCUGAGGCCGAGACCAUGGACGCUGCAAGCGUAGAAACCACGUCACAGAAAAAAGCGAGUUCUAAGAAAUCAAAACUGCCGGUGAAUGUGCCGCGCGGUCAACCUAAAUCCAAUCGGCCCUGGAAAACUCCGAAACAAAAAUUCAGCACAAUCAAGAAGACCGUGAACCGUCUGUCGUUUGAAAAGAAGGUUGCCCUUCGUGAUGAAUUGCGCUACAUCAAGGAAAAAUCAAAGGAAAUUAAGAGUCAACGUAAGGAAGCGGCCGUUCAGCGUCACCAGCGCCGCGUGGAAAACGCAGAGCGUCGUUUGGCCAACGAACGUCGUUCAGAGAUUGUCCAAGUCAUCAAGAAUCCCUCAAAGAUCAAGCGCAUGAAGAAGAAGCAGAUGCGUAUGAUUGAGAAGCGCGACAUCAGCCAAGUGAAGGUGGUCUAAGUCGCAAAUGUAUAGGAAAUCCCACGCUAGAAUGUAAAUUUAUUUUUUGGAUAAAUAAAUGAAUAGUUUUAAUAUA